CAAAAGGUGUACCACCAGAGCCACAUCCAUAGAAGCAUCUACCUCUCUUUACCAACGUUCUUUUGGUCUCCAGUAUUGUGUUACAGACUCAACUACAAUGGUCUGGAUGAUAACACUGUAUGUCCUAAUAUUAGGAUUGGACAAGAUGAUUUGCCAGGAUUUGAUCUCAUUACUCAAUUCCAGUUGGAUACCAUUCCCCUACGGGGUGUAAAAAGAGUGGAAGGUUCAACGCCACUUCAGAUUGCCUUCAGACUUGACAGAGAGGCCAAUUUUGAAAUCCCAACAAGAAUAAUCUACCCACGAGGGCUGCCCGAAGAGUAUUCCUUUGUCACCACCUUCCGGAUGGUAAAAAACACAGUUCAUAAAGUGUGGAACUUGUGGCAGAUUGUGGAUGAAAAUGGCUACAAGCAAGUAGGCCUGAGGCUGAAUGGCAACACCCAGUCCUUGGAGUUCUAUUUAGUCGGCUUGGACAGCAAUCUGCAGUCAGUCAUUUUCCGAGGGGUUUCCCAGAUCUUUGAUACUGACUGGCAUAAGAUCCUGGUGGGUGUGGAGAGGGACACUGUCAGCCUAUUCGUGGACUGUCAUCGUGUAGCCUCUCAGCCUAUUAAGCCAAAAGGUAACGUCAAUGUAGAAGGGAAUACUCUGAUAGGCCGUCUGGAUGCAAACCACAAAGUGUCUGUGGUGUUUGAGCUGCAGUGGAUGCUGAUUCACUGUGAUCCACAACGUGCACAUCGAGAGGCCUGCACAGAGUUAUCUAUACAGCAGAGAAUUAUCCCUAAUUCCGAGCCUGAUUUUGUAUUCAGGGGUCCAAGACCUGACUUUGGAAAGGAAAGUCUACCAGGAUUACCAGGUCCACCAGGAUUACCAGGUCCACCAGGAUUACCGGGUCCACCAGGAGUACCAGGAUCUUCAGGAUCUCCAGGGAUUGCAGGCCCACCUGGGCGGGAUGGAAAAACUGGACUUGAUGGUGUAGUAGGUCCUCCUGGUAAACCAGGCCUUCCUGGUCAGAAAGGUGAGCGGGGUGAUGUCGGAUUCACAGGACAACCAGGAAAGCCAGGCCUUCCUGGAAUAAAUGGAAGACCAGGACCAAUUGGACCAAUGGGCCCCGAAGGUCGCGUGGGCCCUCCCGGCAUGCCUGGUCCAGAAGGUCCACCAGGACCUGCAAAAAUUGGAAUUCCGGGACCACCUGGUGAGAUUGGACUGACUGGAGAACCUGGCCUUCCAGGAAAGCCUGGUGACCCUGGACCAAAAGGAGCAUCAGGCACACCUGGACCUCCAGGUCCACAGGGCCCACCUGGUACACCAGGGACAGAUGGAAGUGGGGAUGUUGUGGGCCACAAAGGUCAAAAAGGUGCAUCUGGAGAGGCUGGGAAAGAGGGUCCAAAGGGAAAUCGUGGUUUUCCUGGGCAACAAGGCAUUGGAGGUGCUCCUGGACCUGAGGGUUCCCGAGGACCAAGAGGUUUUCCGGGUGCAUCUGGGGAAAAAGGAAGCAAAGGAGUUCCAGGAUUUAAUGGCCUGCCAGGGCCUCCAGGACCACAAGGGCCUACUGGGCCAGAGGGACCAAGAGGUGCAAAUGGAGAACCAGGCAUCAAAGGUGCAAAAGGUCCAGAGGGACCUCGAGGACCAUAUGGUACUUCUGGACCUAAAGGUGAACGUGGUACAACUGGGCAUCCUGGACGGGAUGGGAAUCCUGGACCAGAAGGUCAAAAGGGUGAUGUAGGUAUGAUGGGAGAAAUGGGACCUCCUGGAAUCCCGGGAGAACCUGGUGAUCCAGGAACCCAAGGACAAAGGGGACCACAAGGACACCAAGGCCUUCCUGGCAGCAGUGGAGAACAAGGACCCAUUGGACCCCCUGGUUUGCCAGGCCCUCCUGUAAUUGUUCAAGAUCCAACCUACAACAGUGAUGUUGUCAGCAAACCUGUAGAGGGAGUGGUGGCGGAAUUUGGCUACACCUAUGUCUCGGAUUUGAGAGAUGACUUAGUUUUGAAUUAUGAUGUUGAAGGUGGAGCUAACUGCACGGAGCAUUCGUCUGAUACUCCUACUGCUGAUCUCACACACCAGAGCAUGACUCCACAGAGAUUUUCAUCCUUUGGUCUGCAUUCGUUUAGUAUCGUAAAAUGUGACAGCCUGACCCAACAAUUUGUAACAGAGAUUGCAAGGAAUGAAAAGAAAGGGUCAAAGGGUGACUGUGGUCGCCCUGGACUCCAGGGUCCUCUUGGUUUUCCUGGAGGAAGAGGAGACAAGCCUGGAGUGCCUGGUGAAACUGGUCCUGUUGGUGCUCAAGGGCCUCGUGGUCGUCCUGGAUUUCAGGGACCUUCAGGUGCAGUUGGUGCUCGAGGACUGGAAGGAGAACGAGGGGCUCCCGGGCUUCCUGGGUCUCCAGGUAAAGAUGGCAAAGAGGCAAGUGUCCAUCGAAUCAGGGAGGUGUGCAUGAACGUGAUUCAAGAGCAAAUAUCAGAACUGGCUGCCAGCCUAAGACAACCCAUAACGUCUGGGAAACCAGGUCGACCUGGACCACCAGGACCGCCAGGACCAGUUGGCCCUCCAGGAUCUGCAGGACACCCAGGUGCAAUUGGCCCACAAGGUGUCAAAGGUCACCAAGGUUACCCUGGUGAACCAGGAACCAAAGGUGUACCAGGUGAAAAGGGUGAGAAGGGAGAAGAAGGAAUAGGAUUACGUGGACCACCGGGACCUCAAGGAAUGCCUGGUGUUGCUGGCUUGCCUGGAAUUGGAAAGGAUGGGCGUGAUGGUGCCCGUGGUGAUCAUGGCCUGCCUGGUGAACCAGGACCUCCUGGCAUACCUGGGCUCAGAGGCUUUCCUGGUAUCUGUGAUGCUUCUGCCUGCGUUAGUCCACCUCACCUCUUCAUGGGAAUGGGCAAUGGCAAGAAAUCCAUAAAUGUGAAAGGUCCAUCAAAAUAA